AGGAUGCGGUGGAUCGGUUACGUGGCCACGAUUCUCUGGUGGUCGGGCAUCGCCAGGUCCCUCAGCACGCUGAAUCGAGGUCACAGUUACAAAAUCACCCCGAAACCCUGUCGAGUCCCCGGGCCAGAGUCCAAGGAGGGUACCUGCAUGUUCGUGUGGGAGUGCAUCAAGUCGGAGGGCACGCACGUGGGCGUGUGCGUGGACACGUUCAUGUUCGGCAGCUGCUGCGUGCACAACACGACGACGAACGCGAUCACCGCGUCCAAUCUUCAUCACCAUCAUCACCACCAUCAUCACUACCAUCAACACGCCUCUUCCUCUUCAUCGGACCCGCUGAGGCCGACCCUGGCGGAGGCGCUGGGCAACGAGUCGACCAGGCCCACGCUGACCUCCCUCUCCAGCUUCCUCGUCACGGACUCGAGCACCGCCAGGCCGAGUCACCAUCCAUCCGAGACGCUCGAGUCUUCCGGAGGGUCCAGCAGACCGCACAAACCGCUGUCGGCCGGUUCCGCUAGGCCACUGCAAAAAAGACCGCACGCGAAACCCACGUCUGAUCACAAGGACAGAAUCCAAACAUCCGUGCUGCCGGUCUCGUCGAAUUUCUGGGAGAAGGGCUCCCAGAGCACGAAGAGACCAAGCUCGGAGUCUUUGGAGAAGGGGUCUCAGAGCACCAAGAGACCAGGAUCCACCGACCAUUGGGAGAAGGGAUCUCAGAGCACCAAGAGACCCGGAUCCACCGACCACUGGGAGAAAGGGUCUCAAAGCACCAAGAGACCAGGGUUCUCCGAGCACUGGGAGAAAGGAACUCAUAGCACCAAAAGACCAGGAUUUUCCGAACAGUGGGAUAAGGGGUCUCAGAGUACCAAGAGACCAGGAUCUUCCGAGCUCUGGGACAAGGGGUCUCAAAGUACCAAGAGACCAGGAUCUUCCGAGCACUGGGAUAAGGGGUCUCAGAGUACCAAGAGACCAGGAUCGUCCGAGCUCUGGGAGAAGGGAUCCCAAAGCACCAAAAGACCAGGAUCUUCCGAACAGUGGGACAAGGGGUCUCAGAGUACCAAGAGACCAGGAUCUUCCGAACAGUGGGACAAGGGGUCUCAGAAUACCAAGAGACCAGGAUCAUCCGAGCUCUGGGACAAGGGGUCUCAGAGUACCAAGAGACCGGGAUCUUCCGAACAGUGGGACAAGGGAUCUCAGAGUACCAAGAGACCAGGAUCUUCCGAGCACUGGGAUAAGGGGUCACAGAGUACGAGGAGACCAGGAUCUUCCGAGCACUGGGAUAAGGGGUCUCAGAGUACGAAGAGACCAGGAUCGUCCGAGCUCUGGGAGAAGGGGUCCCAGAGCACCAGAAGGCCGGGAUCUUCGGAUCUUUGGGACAAGGGAUCUCAGAGUACCAGAAGACCCGGAUCGCCCGACGUUUGGGAAAAGGGGUCUCAGAGUACCAAGAGACCAGGGUCCUCCGAUCCUUGGGACAAGGGGUCUCAGAGUACCAAGAGGCCCGGCUCCUCUGAUCCUUGGGACAAGGGGUCUCAGAGUACCAAGAGACCCGGAUCAUCCGACCCGUGGGAGAAGGGAUCUCAGAACACGAAGAGACCAAGUUCCCAGAGCACGAAGAGACCCGGAGGUGUCUGGGAGGAUAGUAGUCAGAAUACAAAGAGGCCAGGUCAUCAUGACUCCUUGAAUCUUCAGAAGACUAGACCGGAAAAUAGUCAGCAUACGUCUGUCAAAGAGAAGGACACGACGCAUGGGAGCUUUCAGAGUCAUCAUCAGGGGUUCAAGGAUAAGAUAGACACGGGACACAAUACGUUGGUGAUUAGGUUACCCGGAAAGGAGCAUGCUUCCAGCGAGGAUGAAGGCAUCAGGCCCAACAGGCCUAACAACCAAAGACCGUUCGAGUCGAGACCCGACGAUAGCAAGACGGAGGAUGCUGAUUUGAGCGUACAGGAGUCUGUCCAUAGACCGAGCGUUAAUUCGGUCGACGAGAACGAAACUGCCAAGGACCCUCAUCCCAGCUUGAACUUCAUUCAUACGGAACGACCACAAUGGGCAACCAAACCGGUAUCCCCGAAACCCACGACGGAGUUCUCGAAACCGUAUUUCUCGGUGAAAACGACCACCUAUCGGCCAAUCCCGAUGAACAAUCAGCCGGACACCAGGCCGAACUUCAUCUCGAAACCCAAUAGUUCGAGCACCGCCAUGAAAACCACAACCACUGCCAGGCCGACGCACUUCAGUGGUCAGUCCACUACCAGCGCAGCCGGAUCCUUACCACAGACCUCUCACUGGCACGUGACCACAGAGCCGGUGUUCGUCACGAAGCAAAGACCAUCCUCGUCCACAAAACCGAUGGGUUCAUCCGAGACGACUAAACCUCUGACAAGUAGUUCGCAUUUCUGGUCGGAGAACAGCUGGUCGCCGCCGAGACCGUCCUUGAAGCCACACUGGACCGACAACCCUAGCCUCCUUCAGAACGGGCCCGAAGCGUUUCCACCGCGGCCGAGUUUCAAGCCGACAGAACCGCAAGAAAACACGGAGUUCCACAAACCGCUUGGCGCAGCGCAUUACAUCACCACGUCCCACUUCGAGACCUCCGCCAGGCCCAGACCCACGAAGAAAACCACCACGUCCACGACUACGACCAGUACCACUACCACCACCACCACAACCAGCACCACUACCACCACGACCACCACGACCACCACGACCACUCCAAAACCCGACACGACUCUGUCCACGACCGAGGCGAUCGCGAAGACCGGAUCGGUGUUGACGGUGUCCGCCGCAACCGAGAGCAAGGGUAUGCAGUGCGGAGUACCGCCCCUGUUUCCGCGACCAGAGACCAGGAUCGUUGGAGGCAAGGACGCGCCGUUCGGUCGAUGGCCUUGGCAGGUAUCCGUCAGGCGCACCUCGUUCUUCGGCUUCUCGAGCACCCAUCGCUGCGGUGGAGCGGUGUUGAACGAGAACUGGAUCGCGACCGCGGGACACUGCGUGGACGACCUGCUGACCUCGCAGAUCCGGAUCAGAGUGGGCGAAUACGAUUUUUCAUCGGUGCAAGAGCGACUGCCGUACGUGGAACGCGGCGUGGCGAAGAAAGUGGUGCACCCGAAGUACAACUUCUUCACUUACGAGUACGACCUGGCGUUGGUUCGACUGGAGAGUUCGUUGACAUUCGCGCCGCACAUCUCGCCCAUUUGUCUGCCGGCCACUGACGAUCUAUUGAUCGGCGAAAACGCCACCGUCACCGGCUGGGGAAGGCUGAGCGAGGGUGGCACCCUGCCUUCCGUGUUGCAAGAGGUUUCCGUGCCCAUAGUGAGUAACGAUAGAUGUAAGUCAAUGUUCCUGAGGGCUGGGAGACACGAGUUCAUACCGGAUAUCUUCCUGUGCGCCGGAUACGAGAGCGGUGGCCAAGAUUCUUGUCAGGGCGAUUCGGGCGGUCCUCUGCAAGUAAGGGGGAAGGAUGGUCGAUACUUCCUCGCGGGCAUCAUAUCCUGGGGAAUCGGUUGCGCGGAGGCCAAUCUGCCAGGGGUGUGCACGAGGAUCUCGAAAUUCGUCCCGUGGAUCCUGAAGAACGUCACCUGA